CAUCAGCCAUUGAAUUCCUUGUCGGGAAGGAACGAGCUAUCGUGUGAAGUACACGGGAACGAAACCAGGGUCACCUUUCACGUUUCAAUCACUUCAGCGCCUUUUCUUUUAAUUUUGUUUUACUUCUCAGUGCGGGUUGGGUGUGGGUAGGUGUUGGGCAGCUUGCGUUUUCACUUCAUCCUCCUGCCAAACAAAUAUUUAGCGGCAGAUGACAGUGACAGGCAGAGGCAGGGUGUCGGUGGCACUUCAACGAUAAGAGAUAAACGGGGCUAAAGACGGCUGUCAGGCGCAGAUAAAACGCACAUUAACGGUAAAAACUCGACAAUGUAGCGACAACAAGCUGCACAGCUGGACGGCUAUGGUUACGGUGUGUUGACCCACCAUCUGGGACGCUAAAAUGUCUUUACUAGUGGACUAGUUCAACAAGAAACACGACAACGCUGCCAGCUACUGAAUCGGACGGACCGACAAGGAAAUACUGGGAUUUUAAAAGAAACUUUUUUUGUUUUUGUUUUAUUUAUUAAGUCAGUAGCUAACUGCACGCAGGAUGCGGCUUUUAAACCCAGUGUUGAACUGCACACACAGAGUCCAUCUAACCAAACUGAGGCUGACCCAGCCCAGGGUGUCGUGGCUGGAGUACCGGGCGACUCUCUCGGCGUCCCUCCGGAGGAAGAGACAGUCGACCGGGGUACCGUCCUCCGUCCAUGCGACACCGGCCUUCCCUCUCUGCUCACCCCGGCCCUUCGCGACCGUCCUGCCCUGCAGACCUCUCACUGGUCUGUCGGUACUCUCCUCACACACUCCGACGGGCCGGACGAUCACCCACACACCUGUUGCCUUUGCCAGCUCUUCAGCAGCCUCCACUACCACACCAGCCAAGACCCAGCUGGACUCAGAGAGAGAGCAGACCCCGACCACCGUCCCUCUGCAGGAUGUUAAAAGGAUCAUGACACUCGCUCACCCGGAGAGAUGGAGACUGGCAGCGGCUGUGGGCUUCCUCACUGUGUCCAGUGCAGUAACCAUGUCAGCUCCCUUCCUCCUGGGCAAAGUGAUUGACACCAUCUACACCACGGGCACGGACACAGAGACCAUGACGGCCUCCCUCACGUCCUUGUGCAUCAUGCUGACGGGAGUGUUUCUGUGCGGAGGAGCAGCCAAUGCUGCCAGAGUCUACCUCAUGCAAAUCUCAGGUCAGCAGAUUGUUCGUAAUCUCCGGGCCUCGAUCUUUUCCUCCAUCCUCAGACAGGAAGUGGCAUUUUUUGACAAGAACAGAACUGGCGAGCUCAUCAACCGGCUCUCCGCUGAUUCUGCCGUGGUGGGCCGCUCCAUCACAGACAACCUGGCGGACGGGCUGAGGGCCGUGGCCCAGGCAGCUGCUGGUGUCAGCAUGAUGUUUUACGUCUCCCCAAGCCUAGCGAGCUUUGUGUUGCUGAUUGUUCCUCCUAUGGCUGCCCUUGCCGUCGUCUACGGCAGAUACCUUCGCUCCAUCUCCAAACGCACACAGGACGCACUCGCACAAGCCACACAGUUGGCAGAGGAGCGAAUCAGCAACAUGAGGACGGUUCGGGCUUUUGGUAAAGAGCUGUCGGAAGUCAGCGCGUAUGAAGAGAAGACGGAUCAGGUCCUCAACCUGGCCAAGAAGGAGGCUGUGAUCCGAGCUGGCUUCUUUGGAAUCACCGGCCUCAGUGGUAACAUCAUGAUCCUGUCGGUGCUCUACAAAGGAGGCCUCCUGAUGGCCAGCCAGCACAUGACAGUGGGGGAGCUCUCAUCGUUCCUCAUGUACACCUUCUGGGUGGGCAUCAGCAUUGCAGGUCUCAGUUCAUUCUACUCUGAGCUGAUGAAGGGGUUUGGAGCAGGAUCUAGGCUGUGGGAGCUGCUGGACAGGAAGCCUGAACUCCCUCUGAAUGAAGGCCAAAUCAUUCCUCCAGCCCAUCUCAAAGGCCAGCUACAGUUCUCUGACGUCUCCUUUGCCUACCCGACACGCAAGGAGUCUCCCAUUUUCCAGAAACUCAAUCUCCUGGUUCCGGCCGGUACCAUCAUGGCUGUGGUGGGGUCCAGUGGGUCGGGGAAAUCCACUCUGGUCUCACUGCUGCUCAGGCUGUACGACCCCGACGCUGGUAUCAUCACUAUCGAUGGUCAUGACAUCAGGGACCUCAAUCCCUACUGGCUCAGGAGUCACAUUGGAACCGUCAGCCAGGAGCCAGUGCUGUUUUCUUGUUCUAUCAGAGACAACAUCGCCUACGGUGUAGUGGACCAAGAUGCUGUGACCACAGAGGACAUCUACAGGGCAGCCAAAGUGGCCAACGCCUAUGAUUUCAUCCAGGCGUUUCCCAUGGGCUUUGACACUGUGGUGGGGGAGAAGGGAGUGCUGCUGUCAGGGGGUCAGAAGCAGAGGAUAGCCAUAGCCAGAGCUCUGCUCAAGAAUCCUAAGAUCUUGCUUUUAGACGAGGCGACCAGUGCACUGGACUCAGAGAACGAGUUCCUCGUCCAGGAGGCUUUGGAGCGUCUGAUGGAAGGGAGGACAGUUGUGGUCAUCGCUCACCGCCUGUCCACCAUCAAGAACGCAGACGCCGUGGCCGUGCUGAACCAGCAGCGUGUAGCCGAGUGCGGCCAGCCCACGGAGCUGCUUGCAAACAGGCAAGGACUGUUCAGGAAACUGAUGGAGAAACAGGCCUUUCUGCAGGAAGAACAGCAGCGAGCGCUCAACUGACGGGACGGGGAGCACAGAUACGUGGAUGAGGAAGAGGGAGAAAUCACAAGAUGAGGUUGGUUUAUGAAAAAAAACGCUCCCGAUAAAAGCUGAAGGAAAGCAGAACUUUGAACUCCAGAGAAUGAGGAAGUAAACACGGAGCAAUUCUCUUUAAUUCUGCAGCCUUCCUUUCUUCCACAUCACUGACAAGACAACAACACGUAGCCUCACAAGAACGGAAACAGGGAUGAGUUCACAGAAACAGUUUGAAAACAUCUCAUUCUACAUUAAAAAAAAAAAAAAAAGAAGAAGAAGCCAGGACACAACGCUGACAGAGAAAAGAAGACAAUCACUCUACGCACUGAUUGAAGUGUCGCUGCUGUAGUUUUAAUGAAAAGCCCAAAUCUUUUUCGAGCUCACGAGAGAAACAUACUGAAUGUAAAAGACGAGAUGACAUCCUGUUUCAGUCUCAGCCGUGUCACACUUUAUUUCUCCACUCUGUGAUUUUCUCAGUGAAACCAGAUAAGGUUCAGUAUGAUGUUGAUGUGUUAUUCUGCGGCACUGCUCAUAUUUCUUUAUGUAGUUGUGUCGUGUUGAGACUUGAAGCUCACAGGCAGAGCCUUUUACUGUCUAAACAAAUGGAAGCAGCUAUUUGUGACGUUAACACUGUGUCGUAAAACAGGACUGAACACUAUUCUGAUUAACGUAUGCACAUUCGUCAUAGCGGUAGUCCAGGGAAUUACAAUCGGUGCUUCAUAUCUCAGAAAACACAGUUGAUUUUAACAAUAUUCAACAUUUGAUAAUAGGCAUGUUAAUAGUAUAUUCCAUUUUACACACCAAAUUAGGCCUUUUAAGAUAUAGUUAGAAUUAAGACAUGCAACAUGUCAAUAAUAUUCUGGUUUUAGGAGCUGCUUUUAAACUUGGAUAUCAACUGUUUUAAACUGAUAUCACCACCAGCCUUAUCCAGGUGGUUGAGGGAGUAUUCAGUUUUCAUUAGCCGUGCAAACAGUUUUAAUUUUUGGAACAACUGUAACGAAAAAAACAAAACAAAAAAGAGUAUUUUGUGUACGUGAACCUCGCUGAUGAAUAAUGUUUGAAGUGGAGUUGUUUUGCAUGAGCCUUUACAUGCUUCACCCACUCUAGGAAUUGAACAGACAGCUGUGAAAUUUAACAACUUUGCCGUCAUCACACACAUCACAAGAACAAUCUGAACAAUCCGGUAUGUGAAUGACAAAAAGUUACUCACAAAUCUCACUCUCUCACCUUCACGCAGUAAAAAAAACAAAAAAAAAAACAACAUUACCGACUGAACAUGUCGUCCACUGCUGCCUGCGCGCUGUUUAUACCUUUUCACGUCACUUCCUUUUUUCAAUGACCGUCUCUUCCGUGCUCCGCGCACCGCUCUGUGUUUACAGGACGUGCACUUGGCCGGCCUUCGUUCCUGUGUAAACACCUUUCAGACCAUGUACAUGUUAGCUGCAGAGCCGUUAAGCUGGCUAAAUAUUAUAGCUGGCGUGGAGGGCCUGCCUAAGAGGGAAUGAUCCUCCUCAGUAAAUAUUUGCCUUGUAAAUGGCCUCUUCACUGCUCAGUGAAGGUCGAGAUCGGACCGUUUCAGAGAGGAUUCGGUUUCUUUUCGUGCCAAACGGCUUGAAUUCUCCACGAUCGAGUCCGUUUGUAGCCGUGGUGCUGAGAUGGACACUGGAAAUGACUCAAGGGCAAACAUUCUGUGGUUAUCUUGCUCCGAUCUGUUUGGUGGAGCCUGUAUCUAAGGAUUUGUCCCGUGGAUCAAACACGCAGAUACUUGGAAAUGAUAACUCAUUAAGACUAAUUGGUCUUUGUGCAAACACUAUCACAGUAAACGUUCAGACGUGGUUUGAAAGGUGGCGGGGUAACAUUUUACCACUGAAAUGAGAAGAAUGCAAACAUUUUCAUUUUGAAGGCAGUGACUGACAAAAGCUCUUAAAUCGGUGGAUUAUGGCUCAUGAGAGACAUUUGUAUGAUCAGCGAAGAGAGAAAUGAAUCCAGCAUUGAUCAGCAAGUGGCCUCAUCAUACUGUCUGGUUUCUGGAUGUGUAUUUUUAGAGAGAUGUAUUUAUUCAUAACAGUGUGUACACUGUAGAGCAGAAGAAUUAGAGAGCCGCCCUUUAUGUUAAUGAACGUCUUCAUCACAGGUUCAUCGUGGAAUAAGUUUUAGUCGGACCUUGUCAGAUAUUGUCUUCUCAUCCAGAUACAUGUUUCACUUCACAUGACGCCCUGGAGUUGGCCUGUGCGAGCGUCUCGUUUUGUGCGGAGUAACACUGCCAAAUCACCUCUACGAAAAGUAAACGGAAAGAAGAUAAGAUUAUUUUUGCUCGCCGCUUCAUUUCACAUGGGAUUGAAGUAAAUGUUGAAAGUAUUUAUAAUGGAUCCAUGUGCUAACACAGGUCACCGCUGGGUGUUUAUUUUUUUUUUCUAGCCUGUAUGUGAUGAGAUAUAAAUAUGAUCUACAUGAAAGAUUUUAAUAAUGUUUGUGUUUGAUAAAUUAUUACACUUGUAUGUAAAAAAACAAUGAAUAAAGUGAAAUAUUAAUAGCUUUUA